CUCUAGCCAAGGCGAUUUAUAUCACUCUCGACUCAAGACAAAUAAAAGCAAGAAUGAGCCCAUAGAAACAAGAUUUGCAUUAUUGACAACAAAUGUUCUGGAUCUGGCAGAGCGUGUACGGGAAACCUUGGAAAAUGAUAAAGAAAAAUAUCAAGUACAGGCUACUGAAGUCGCCAGCUUAAGAAAAGAAAAUUAACGUCUCCGAAUCAAAGUAGUUGAACUACAAAAUAAUGCCGAAAAGCAUACAGAAGGAUAUAAAGCUCUUCACACACAGUUUAUUCAGAGUGCAGAAGAGACCAAAAGGCUAAAGGAUAUCGAGAAGAUGUAUUUGAAAAGCAAGUCAUACUUUGAGAUGUUGAUGAAAACACAUGAAAAUGAGAAACGCCAAAUGCAACAAACGAUAAAAGAAAAGAAUAAUCAAAUCCAACUUCUACAAAGUGCUGAAAGUACGGUAAGGGACCAACUCUCAAGAACCGGGGAAGAAACAGAUGAUUCUAACACAAGCCAGUCAUCGGAAAACGCAAACAUCCAAGAGUUAAGUGACAUUAACCGUCCAACAAGACUUGGCGAGAAAUAUCAAGAAAUCUACGACAACGAAUGGACAGAAGCAUUUGAAUGUUUAACUGAGAGUGAACAUAGCAGUACACAGCCAAUUUUAGAUUUACUCAACAUUCUUAUGGAAACAAACUCCUUUUCUGAAAAAGAGGCCGAAAAGCAACUGGAAGAAAUACAACAAGCCUUAACACAGGAUAGGAGCAAAAUGCAAGAGGAUUCCAGAAAACAACUAUGUUUCACAAGAAUAAACGACAAGAUGAAAGAAUGUAGGAAAGCUAUAGCUGUAUUUUCUGGUGAUCAAGUAUAUAAGAAAUACCUUGACGAACUGAAGCAUUCUAAUACGGAAACUGCUAGAAAAGCACAAACUGUUCUGCAUUUCCUUGAGGCAUGUUUAAAACUAUGCUGGUUAAUGGCAGUUCAAGAUCCUCCUCUUGUUUUUAGUCCUAAUAUCAGGCGCGGAGAUGUUUUCGAUACGGAAUUAUACAAAGUCUACAUGAAGAAAGGAACACGUGUGGCGUAUGUUGUUUGGCCCGCUCUUUUACUGCACAAAGAGGGUGAAGUUAUUUGUAAAGGAUUUGCUGAAGGGAUGCCAAAUCUUUUCCAUAAACCACAAGAUGUACCAACCCCAUAUCAUAAAGGCAAUCGUACACGACAUUACACCUCUACCUUCUCAAACCAAUAUUACAAGCGAACAGAUGACAUGUUGGCAGUUGGUAAUGAGAAAAAUGAAAAUAACCCAACAGGCGGUGAAAAAUACUCCCCAAGCGAAAUAACUGAUGGGAAUAAGUGUGAUGCCAGUUAUCGACUUCAAUCAUAUGAAUCAUCAUCAUAUUAUCCCAUGGCUUCGCGAUUGCAUAAUGCACGCAAUUUGAGUAGUGACAUAAGUGAUACCAAGCAAAAUAUUCAAGCAUACAGGCCGAAGUCAUAUUCAGGCGAACGAUUUUAUCCCACAGAUGAUACUCUAACAUGGUUCGACUACCGGUAUCAUCUUGACUCGUCCUGGGUUAGGUCCAACACUUCGCCACAUUGUCAGCUCAAACCCAAUAAUACACAAGCAAGACAUAAAACAGAGCAGUCAUCUGGAAAUGAAGAAAAUCAGGAAUCUAAUAAUAACUGAACUGAUUCAAUUUCAAUUUCUUGAUUUAUAACGUUCAUAUCCCGUUCAACGUGCUUUGAAUAAGGUAUAAGGAUUUUUCAUUUAUAUAAAAAUUUAAAGCUCACACGUGCAAGUAAAUUAGUGUAAAAAUUAAUGUAUAAAUUAUUAUAAUUAUAUUCGUUUCUUAUAAAGUACAGAUACGUAAUGAUAUAAAAAUAUAUUGACAUGUUUCAAGCA